AUGCAGCUUGGACGCUACUCUGUCUCAACCCUCCUCCCGCCGCCAGUCCACAGCAUCACCUUCUCCCCAGACGGCCGCUUCUUUGUCGUGGCUGCAGAGAAGGGAUACGAGGUCUGGAAGACAUGGCCCCUGGGACUAGUCAGAAGAAGAGUUCUCCCGGGAACUCUCGCACUGGCUCUCAUACUACCACACUCGCCUCUUCUUAUCCUCCAAGGAGGCGGUGCAUCUCCCCUGUAUGCUCCCAACAAGGUCGUUGUGUAUGAUGACAAGGUCGGAGAGGCCGUUGCUGAGCUCGAAUUCGGUGAACGGAUACGAGGCGUAUCAGCAAGAAGAGGACUUUUCUGUGUUGCUCUCUCGCGAAAGGUCGUUGUCUUCGAGUAUGGCCUGAAUGGCUUUUGGAUACGAAAGUUUGGAGAAUGGGAGACAGCCAAAAAUGAGCAAGGUCUGAUGGCAUUGUCCACAGCCCCGGGUUCGACAUUGCUGGCUCUGCCCGGCCGUCAAGCCGGUCAUGUCCAGCUCAUCCCCUUGCCCUCUUGUCCAUCCUCUUCCCCCGAUCCGCCUUCUCCAUCUCGAACCACGCCAAACUCCACCUUUCGCUCUCCCAUCAUCCUUGCUCACACCCACUCUCUCGCCUCCCUCUCCACAACUCCGUCCGGCUCACACAUACUUACCACCUCGGAACGCGGUACACUCCUGAGAGUCUGGGACACGCAAAGGGGAAGGCUGGAGAGGGAGCUGAGGAGGGGAGUAGACCCAGCCGAAAUGUGGGGAGUGAGUUUUGAAGGGGACGUGGGUGGCAAGGGAAGGGUGGUGGGCUGGAGCGAUAAAGGGACGAUACAUGUUUGGGGCCGUGGAGAGAACAAGGAGAAACUGCAAGUCGAUCAUCCUUUCAUCCACAUGCUUGCUGACAUCAAUUAG